CAUACACACACACACACACACACACACUACUUCUUUUAUCUAUGACAGAAAAGUCCCAGAAUGGGUCUCUGGUAAGUAGGCGAUGGAGUUAAACACGCUGUAAUGAAGUUUUAUCUGAUCGUAAGAGCAGGAAGAAAAUGUCUCGCAGGUAUGAUCUCAUGUGGCUUAAUGGAGUCACUUACAGUUUCAGCUAGAAGCAGUGACCCACAUGGCCUCAGCCUGCAUUGAUUUUCUGAUCCGAAUCCAAAAGGUAAUCACAUUGUGAUGCUGCGACUCCAUUCCUGAUGUUUUAUAACUAAAUAGCAGCUGUAAUGAUGCUCCUCAGAGAACUGAUUGUUGAUGCGUUCUCGGGUCAUUGUGGUGAGCGCCGUCCAUUAGAAAGUCAAAAGACACAGAGUUUCCAUAUGAUGUUGAUGCUUUUAUCCAUAAUACCUAGAUGUAGUGUGUGGGUGGCCCCAGUGGAAAUCUGUUUGUGAAAAUGUCUUUCAUAACUCGCAGAACGAGGCACAGCGUCAUUGAAUACAAAUGCUACUCUACAAAUAAAUCUUUUCUAGCCCCAGAGAAUGAAAAUUCAGAAAUCCUUCCAUCCAUUGUCUUCCACUUAUUUGGAGUUGGGUCGUGGGGGCAGCAGCCUAAAUCAAGAGGCCUUCUGGGGGAAUCCCAAGGCGUUCCCUGGCCAGCCGAAAGACAUAAUCCCUCCAACGUGUCCUAGGUCUUCCUUUAGGUCUCCUCCCAGUUGGACAUGCCCAGAAAACCUCACCAGGGAGGCGUCCAGGAGGCAUCCUAACUAGAUGCCCAAGUCACCUCAAAUGGCUCCUUUUGAUGUGGAGGAGCAGCGGGUCUACUCCAAGCCCUCCCAGAUGAGCUUCUCACCCCAGAGCCCAGACACCCUGCAGAGAACAUUCAUGUUAACAACUUGUGUCCGCGAUCUGGUUCUUUCGGUCACUACCCAAAGCUCGUGACCAUAGGUGAGGGUAGGAACAUAUCUCAACCCGUAAAUCGAGAGCUUCAUCUUCUGGCUCAGCUCUCUUUUCACCACGACAGACCGGUACAAACUCCCACUUCACUGCAGAUGCAGCACCAAUCCGCCUAUCGAUCUUGUGCUCCAGCUUUCCCUCACUCGUGAACAAGACCAGAGAACCUUAACCUCCUCCACUUUGGGCAGGACCUCAUCCCUGACUUGGAGAAGGCAUUCUACCCUUUUCUGACUCAAGACCAUGGUCUUGGAUUUAGAGGAGAGAUUCCCAUCCCAGCUGCUUCACACUUGGUGGCGAACCGCUCCAGUGAGAGCCGGAUGAAUGCACACAUUCAUAAAUGUCUGUUGACUUAAUUUAAAAAAUGCAACAAAUUUAGGUGGACAAUAAUAAUUUUAUAUCCAUUCUCCUGGGACUUUGGUUAGUAGUCAAGAUUGAGCUUCACAGAAUUCAGCAAUAAUAACUAAAUGUAAAAUGUUGCAUGUUUGUUUAAUUAUGCCUUACCAGAACUGUCCAAACCAAAAUGUAAAAUUUAUUAUUCCUGACACGGAUGAGAAGCUCCUGCAAACACACCUGCUGCAGCCUUUCUUCACCUCACACCUGUUCAUUCUGCUCACCUAGGCUGGAAAGACUCAAGCACCUGCCUUGAUCUGUGAAGACAAGCAUCGUAACGGGAAAAACUGGUGUAAAAAUACAGUUUUUGUCUGGACCUAUAGGGGCCCUCUGUUUUUCCUCUCCCUCUUUUUCUCUUUUUCAAAUUCCCCUUUUUCUUUUCAUUCUUCCUUUGCUUUGCAGACCAUUUAACCACUGUUGCAGAGAGAAGGCAAGUUUACUUUUUAAAUUGUUAUAAAAUUUUAAACUUUAAACCAGAUUAACCUUUUCUUUGUUUCCCGACUCUUCUGAUACCUGUAGCUUCCCACAGACAAGUGUCAUUAGGGAACCGUUUGGGGAAACUCACCUGACAAGAACAAAUAUUCUCUGUGGAAAGGAUUUGUGAGAACUCACCUGUAAAUCUUCACCUGCCUCGCCCGCUCUUCACCACUUCACCUUCCCAGACUUACCUGUUUGAUCCUGACUCCUUGGUUUCCUGGAACCCCACAGCCCUCCCCCAAACCGGCAAAGACAAACAAAAGAACACAUUCUUGAGUCAUUUCGUUCACUAUGGCCAUUGCCAGGAAUUGUGCUGCCACGAAUCGAUCCUGAAGCUUCUGAAAGAGCGACACCAGACAGGAUGGAGACCCUGAAUGACUCUCAAACCACCAACAUCACCAGCAGCGAUCACAGAGGCCUCUUCUCCGUUAGCCCGUACACGACGGUGGAGAUAGUCCUCAUCAUCCUGGUGGCUGGAUCCUUGAGUCUGAUCACUGUCAUUGGAAACAUCCUGGUCAUGCUCUCCAUAAAGGUAAACAGGAACCUGCAGACUGUCAACAACUACUUCCUGUUCAGCCUGGCCUGUGCAGACCUCAUUAUUGGUAUCUGCUCCAUGAACCUCUACACUGUCUACAUUGUGAUUGGUUACUGGCCCUUGGGAGCGGUGGUGUGUGACCUGUGGUUGGCUGUUGACUAUGUUGUCAGCAAUGCCUCCGUUAUGAACCUCCUCAUCAUAAGCUUCGACCGUUUCUUCUGUGUCACCAAACCCCUCAGCUACCCCGCUCGCCGCAGCACCAAAAUGGCUGGACUGAUGAUUGCAGCAGCAUGGGUCUUAUCCUUCAUCCUCUGGGCUCCCGCCAUCUUGUUUUGGCAGUUUGUUGUUGGAAAAAGGACUGUUCCACCAGAUGAGUGCUACAUUCAGUUCUUCUCCAACCCAGCAGUGACCUUCGGGACCGCUAUUGCAGCUUUCUACCUGCCGGUGGCCAUCAUGAUCUACCUCUACUGGCGCAUCUCAAAGGCUAGCCGUAGCCGCAUGAGGAAAGACAGCAGGAAGACAUCUGGUACCAGCUUGGCAGAGGCCCCCUCUAACAGCCAGGAGGAAGGGUGUGAGAACAACUGUGAAAAGACUAAACAAGCUGAGGAUGAGGCUGGAGAUGAGAAGGAGAGGGACAUGUUGCAGCAACAGAAUGGAAGUGGUAACUAUAUGGAGGAGAAGGUGGACUCGACGCCAGAGAUUGUCCACCCGUCAACAUCCAAGGACCCCGAAGCCCCAUCUUCAUCACGAAAGAGCUCUAGUGGUGGGAAAAAUAAAACACAACCAUCUUCUCCGCAGAACUCAGCUAUCGACAGACAAAGUAUGGUUGCAUGGACGCUGUUACUGGUGACGAAGCGAGCUGUGAGUGAAAGAGUCGUGGCCAAGUGGAAAAGCAGGGGCAACUCUUCCAGGGAGAGAAAAGUGACACGUACCAUCAUGGCCAUCCUGGUUGCUUUUGUAGCCACAUGGACGCCGUACAACGUGAUGGUCCUCAUCAACACUUUCUGCCUUGUCUGCAUCCCAAACUCACUGUGGACGAUUGGCUACUGGCUCUGCUACAUCAACAGCACCGUCAAUCCAGCCUGCUACGCCCUCUGCAACGCCACCUUUAAAAACACCUUUAAGCACCUGCUUCUGUGCCAGUACAAAAACAUCCGUGGACGAUGAGAUGAAAAUUAACACUUAGAUGAUGGAACAUCGAAAACACGGACAACAGACUUUAUUGUGUGCUUACUGCUGCAAGUGGAUGAAUUUUGAUUAAAUCUGGCAGUUAUUUUUUUACUUUGAUUAACUAUUUCCCUUUAAAUCCAUGAUCUAUGAUAAAUGAAAUCUUGUGAAUAUUAUGUAAAUUCACCUCAAGAGCAUUCGUAAAGAUCCGCCCAAAGCGAGCUAGAAAACAUGAAGCAUAUAAACAAAUGUGUGUAAAUAAAACUUCUUGUCUUCUUAUCAAAUUAAGCAGAGAAAAGUGAACUAAGCAGUUGUCUUGAGAGUGUUUAGCGUUGAUCUUUCCUCUCUAGUUACAUUUACUCACGCUGUCUGUAAUCUGUGAUGUUGUGAAAUGAGUCUAAAUGUGACAUUUGUCCACAUCAUGUCCUCUUUCCACGUUUUGUCAAAAAUUCAAAAGAUAAUAUUUAGUGUUUGGUGUCAGCAUCUCUGCCUGUUUUAUGCUUCCAAAAAACCUGAUCAUUAGUUGCACAUUUGCAUGUGCCUGAAUUUGUAAAAACAAAAGAAAAGCAACCAAACUGGAGGCUUAGUGAGGGAAAUGUUUCACCAAAUGAAUUUUUUUUCUUUGUGUAAGAAAAAAUGAGCCAUGAAAAGAACAUUUUUAACUCAUUAUUCAAAGCUGGAUUCGAGUUUUGGAGUUGGCAUUCGUAUCAUUGCAGAAUAAUUUGGGUAAGUUUGAUAAAUGUCAUGAACACCCCCAAAAUUCAGGAAAUCUAGAGAGACAAGCCUGCUUCAGAGCUGCUUCGCCCCCUAGUGGAUCAAAAACGACUUUAACAAAACUCCAUUAUUGUGUUUUGAUGCAUCAAACACCAGUCAAAUAUUUAAGCAGUGAUGGAUAUAGUAUGGAUGAUAAUUACAUAAUAAAUUACCCUACAUCUUAUUGAAGCAUUAAAUGAACUUAAGAAGUAAUAAAAGUUACCAUUUCCUCAAACGGAGAUGUUUGGGGAAAAGGCCACGUUAUAAAGUUUUUUUUUAAGUUUUUUUUCGAGACAUGAAAAAAGAAAAUUAAAAAUGAUAACAUAUAUAAACAAUUCCGGUAUAUAUUAUACAUAACAACCAUGUACAUCAUACAGACAAAACAAAACUGAACUAAAUGAAAGAAAUGAUCAUCCACACAGGCAUUGCUCGAAAAGGAGUGGGAGGAAGAAUAACUUAUGUAAUCCCACCCUAACCCUAACCAUAGUUAUCACAAUAUUACUUCAAUCAACACCAUAUCAACACUUUAAUAAUUCAACUUACACUCCUAUACACAAUUUGAUAUAUUAUAAAAAUGCCAAUGAUAGUUACAACAACAUCAGUAAUAAUCCUGAGACAUUGUACACAAUAUGUUAAAUCCAUAACAAUCAAUAGCAAUCAAACACCAGCUUUCUCACUGUUAUAUUGUAACAAACCCAUUUCCUUGUGUUUGAGUUAAAUGCAUUGAAUAAUCAUUAUUAAAAAUAUUAUUUUAUUACUAUUAUGAAAUUUAAAUGUUCCCCAAACGCCUCAAAAAUGUCGAAUGGGAAUUGUUUUCAUUGCUUUCAUCUUGGUUAGGAAGUUAAAGGGUUAAAUAUUCUGAUCUGAACAUCUGGUUGUGAAUCUAAACCUUUCAAAAUGUUGACAGUUUUGCUUUUUCGUAACUGUUUCACGCUAAACCUACGACUAAUUCAAAUGUAUUUUGUAACAUUAGAAAAUUUUUAUUCAUAAAAAUAUUAAUACA